CUCGUACCACACUACUAUGCACGCUCUACUGCGAGCUUGUGAACGAUGCUCUAGCUGAUCUUUCGUACGACGCCAGCCACUCCGGACCGAUGUACAACUUCACCAAUCACAUCAGGGGUCUUUUGAUCGAUGUCAGUGGCUACAAUGACAAGUUAGAUGUGCUGCUGGAAAAGGUCGUGCUGCUGGAAAAGGUCGUGCUCCAAGUACGAGGUCUUGAGGUGUCGGAAGAUCGUUUCAAAAUCAUUCGCGACCGGAUGUUGCGUUGCUUACGCAAUUCCGAGUACGCACAUCCUUUCAACCAGGUUGGCACUUACUCUGAACAGUUUGAGGGCGAGAAGAGUGUAACGAACGACGAACUGCUCCCAGAGCUUGAGAAUGUGACCGCGCAGAAUGUCCAGCAAUUUUUCCCGCAGAUCUUAGCGCAAUGUCAUAUCGAGGUUUUGGCACACGGCAACCUGUACAACGAGGAAGCUUUGAAGAUUAUCGAUCUCGUAGGGCGUGCCAUCAAGCCAAGAAGACUGCCAGCGAACCAGGUACCGACUCGUCGAGGACUCAUCUGGCCAUCUGGCAGUAACUUCAUCAACGAGAAGCAAUUCAAGGACCCUAGAAACAUCAACCACUGCAUUGAGUACAGCUUGUAUACCGGCCACCGCUACGACAGC